GAUCUUCCUAUAGCCAUGAGCAGUAAGGAAUAUUUCAAGUGUGGACGCUCUGGUCACUGGGUCCGGGGAUGCCCUAGAGGAGGACAAACUCCAGGGCGAAGAGCUAGAGGCCGUGGCAGAGGUUGUCAGUGCAGUUCUGCCACUCCAUCUGACAUCUGUUACCGCUGCGGUGAAUCUGGUCAUCACGCUAAGAACUGUGACCUUCAUGAGGACAUCUGUUACAACUGUGGGAGAAGUGGCCACAUCGCCAAAGACUGUGUUAAGCCUAAGCGCUCAAGAGAGCAGUGCUGUUACACUUGUGGCAGACCAGGCCAUCUGGCUCGUGAUUGUGACCGUCAGGAAGAGCAGAAGUGCUACUCUUGUGGUGAAUAUGGUCACAUUAAGAAAGACUGCACCCAAAUCAAGUGCUACCGGUGUGGCAAGACCGGCCAUAUGGCCAUUAACUGUACCAAGACAAUGGAGGUCAACUGCUACCGCUGUGGAAAGCCCGGGCAUUUAGCCCGGGAUUGCCCCAUUGAAGAUACCGCUUAAAUUUUUCCUUUGUGCCCGCCCCUCUCCUUUUUGCUGAUUGAUAAUUGUAGUAUUUUCUCUGAAACCUCUUCAUUGACCAAAGGUUGAUAAAUGGAGACUACCUCUAGGCCAGUUAACUUUAAUCACCAUCUCAAAGGAGGAAAGGGCUUGUAGAUAUCUUAUAAUUAACGUUUCUUAUAAUUAACGUUUCUGCACCACUAGUGAAUCCGCCUAUUGAACAGUUAUUCUGAGCCUAAGGCAAUUUCUAGGUCCUUUCGAUGUAUUUUUAUUUAAGCUUUAAUUAAGACCUACUGUGUGGCAGCUACUAUUGGAGGAGUUUGGGAUACAUCAGUACAUAAAUUAGACCAAGUUUGAGAACACAGACCUAGAAUCUAUGAAGCAAAAUAUGUAGUGUCUCAAAUGAAGAUAAAUUGCUACAGAGAAAAAGAACACCAGGUAAAAGGAUAGAAAUUAUGUGUG